AACAAUUUUUUUGACGUUAAAAAUAGAUGAUACACUGCGAGAACCUGAUCAUUCCAUGGCUUUCGUCUGUCAUAUUUUAAGCAAACUGUUACGCGUCCUCUGAUUACGAUUCAUGGAUUGUUCGACAUUUUAUAUCCCGGAGAAAGUGUCUCGAUGAAAUGAUGUCGAUCGGAUGCAUCUCACGUUUCGCACCAGCCGUUUCCGUGGUAUAUAGCUCCCUAUGAAGUUUCAUCGCGCCGUAAUACCAUCGUGAUUUUUGCCAGCGAUAAUACUGUUCCUCUUCAUUGUACGUUACAAGAUAGAUCGUGCGAUUUUUCAUAAUGUUGAAAUACGCGGUUGUCUUAAGUGCGAUGUAUUGUUUCGUCACGGCCGAGCCACCGAUUCAAGCUGGGGUGAAACCGACAAAUGUAAUAGGCAGUUCAGAGCAACAUACCUCCUUUAGUUUCGUCCGACCGGGAUUAACGCAAACGUCAUUCGCAUUCGCUGGACCCAGCUCCCAUCAAUCGUUCGCCUCCAGCAUCGGCAAUCCUCAGCUAAUUCAAAAGGUUCAACCGAGUAUUGCACAAGCCCUCGCCCAAAGAAAUCCUGGUUUAGGAUAUUACGCACUCGGUCCCGCUGCGAGCGGAAUUCUUCCGAAUUUUGUGCCCGGACCGUUGGUGUAUCAGGCCCAGACGGAUCCCGCGAUCGCAUUAACGUACGCCCAGCAAUUGCAGCAGCCGCAGCAAGCGUACCUGCAAGCGUAUCAGCCGAACGCAGCAAUUUAUCAACCGCAAUUGGCGCAACUACUCGCCCUUCGUCAGGCACAAUUGGCACAGGCCCAACAAGGACAGCUGCACGCGAUUCCAUCGGAUCAGGUGCCUGAAGCUCAGGUCCAGUUGCAGCAGAAACAGCAAACGGAACAACAAAAUUUGCUGGGUAUCGCUUAUUCAUCUGCCCCAUUGGUCGCGCGCGUGAAGGUCUCUGGAAAUGGAUACAAGUUCGACUUCUGAUCCUGAAUAUGACAGCAACAGUACAGCGCAAAAACAAUUUCUGCUCAUACAAUUUCUCAAAUACGAAACACGCA